AUGUCAGCCAAGAAUCAUUUAAUAAAGCUUAUUGUAGGUGCAGGACAGGCUGCUCCAGCACCACCAGUUGGUCCCGCAUUAGGUUCAAAAGGUGUCAAGGCCAUCGAUUUUUGCAAAGAGUUUAACGCUCGUACGGCCUCUUAUCAACCAGGUGUACCAAUCCCUGCUAUAAUCACAGUCAAACCGGACAGGUCCUUCAGCUUUGAGCUCAAAUCUCCUCCCACUGGAUACCUACUGUUGAGAGCCGCAGGGAUACCAAAAGGUGCCCCUAAAGUGGGACCUGGACAACCUAAGGUCGGAACGGUAUCGUUGAAACAUGUCUAUGAAAUUGCAACUAUAAAGAAGACUGACCAACGACACGAAAAAGCCGAGCUGAAGGGAAUAGUCAAGAGUAUCAUAGCAACAGCUAAGAGCAUGGGUAUCGACGUAGUGAAAUGA